AUGAGUGCAGUGGACGCCGCUUUGGCGUGGUACUGCGUGGCGCCACUGCCGCACUUUCGUAGCCCAUACACUAUGAGGGAAAAAGAUAGCAGCCCGCGUAAAAUGCUGGUGCCGUCGAGCGGACAUAGUUCGCCAAAACAAGCAGCCGUUUAUCCGUUGACUAUCAGAGUACCUGAUGAUAAUCAACAGCACAACGCCGGAGAUGAAAUGCCUUUUGAUUUAUCACGUAACACUAGGUCGGCCGGACCCCACAUGUCGCCCGCUGGCAGACCACCUCCCGGACCGACGGACGAAGAACAACCACUAGAUCUCAGAGUAGAUUAUAAGAAGCUGAGCUUGCAGAGACGACGGAUUGAAGACGAAAAUCAAAAUGUUAUUUUAAGAUCUCCAUCUCCGACUUCUUCUCCUCCGUCGAAGGAACAAAUCAUACCGGCGUCGGAUAUUCGACAAAGUCCCGUUUCACCGAGGAGUCAAAGUUCAUCGGAGAGGAGCAAGGAAUCGCCCAGCAGUCCGUACCCGUUGUUGUUCCCGCAUCAACCUCUGCAUCCUUUCAUGUUAGAAGCCAUGUACAGAAACGUUGACAAAUCGGCAAGGUUACCAAUACCGUUUCCCGUGAGUCCUCCGGGAUAUGCUCCUCCGACGAGGCCUUUCGUUUUUCCAUCGCCCGGCAAACUUAAAGAUAGGUACGCUUGUAAGUUUUGUGGAAAAGUGUUUCCUCGUUCUGCGAAUUUAACCAGACAUCUUCGGACGCAUACGGGAGAACAACCGUACAAGUGUAAAUAUUGUGAAAGAUCCUUUAGCAUAUCAUCUAAUUUACAAAGACACGUGAGAAAUAUACAUAAUAAAGAAAAACCCUUUAAGUGUCAACUUUGCGAAAGAUGUUUCGGACAGCAAACGAAUUUAGAUCGCCAUUUAAAGAAACACGAAGCCGACGGUCCGACUAUUUUAGACGAUCACCGUCACAGCCGGUCUUCGAUGUAUCAACAUCCAAAACAAGGGCAUAGAUUGUCGUUGUUACCAAGUCAAGGAAUCAUGAGCGACGAAUCUUACUUCGAGGAAAUACGGUCAUUUAUGGGAAAAGUAACAUCGGAGGGAAGAAUGGUGGAUCCGAUGGCAGCUCUGCUAAGAAAUCCGAUUCCUCCUCCUCCGGGAUAUCCGAUUCCGCUUCACGCAAGACUCUCGGAUCCUCCUCAUUCGAGAAACGGUUUAGAAGAUCACAAGAGGAGCAGUUGCAGUUUAAGCGAUAAAGAUCAAUGUUCGUCUAGAUCAUCGAUAUCCGAAUCGUCGGCUCCGGGCUCGGUGUCGUCUCCUCCGCUCACGAGCUCACCCAAAGGAAAAGAAGAAUCUCACGGCGUGAACAAUCAAUCUUAUUCGUCACCUCACAGAUCCGGUGCUUCCACACCAGUCGACAUCGAAACAACUGAACAAGCAACUCCUACCUAA